GGGAGUCCGCGGCUUCUUUCGUUUCAAUCCCGCUAAAAAACAAAAAGAAAACAACAUUAAAACGGAAACCUUCAAAAUCAAACCCUAAAACUCAAUUUCCAUCAAAAGAUAUAUCCAAACACAACAAUCGUGAUAUUGAAUCUGAUGGGCAAGAGCGAUGCUAAUCAGCAGUUGGCCGUUGCUAAGACGGCGUACCAUAAUGCUAAAGCUGAGGGCAACCGCCAGGAGGAGGCCAGGUGGGCAAAUAUGAUAGGCGACAUCCUCAAGAAUCGAGGGGAAUACUUCAAGGCUCUCAGGUGGCUCCGCAUUGACUACGAUAUCUCCGCUAAGUACUUGCCGGAGAAGCAGUUGCUGCCUUCGUGUCAGUCACUCGGCGAACUCUAUCUCCGUCUUCAUGAUUUCGAAAAUGCCCUAAUUUAUCAGAAAAAGCAUUUAGAUCUCGCCAGGAAUGAAAGUGAUCUUAUUGAACAACAAAGGGCAACCACUCAACUAGGGAGAACAUAUCAUGAAAUGUUCUUAAAGUCUGACAACGACCAUUUCUCUCUGAAAAAUGCUAAGAAGUAUUUCAAGUUGUCAAUGGAACUUGCUCAAACUCUGAAGCUGGGCCAACAAUAUGAAAAGUUCUCAUUUGUAAAGGAGUACAUUGAUGCACAUAAUAACCUGGGAAUGCUCGAAAUGGAUCUUGAUAACUUGGAGGAAGCCAAAACAUUUCUCUUGAAGGGAUUAGAUAUCUGUGAUGAAGAAGAAUUGAAUGAGAAUGAUGAUGCACGAAGUAGGCUUCAUCAUAACCUUGGAAAUGUUUACACAGAACUAAGGAAAUGGGAUAAAGCAAGAGAGCAUAUCCAGAAAGAUAUUGUAAUUUGUCACAAAAUUGGACACUGCCAGGGAGAGGCUAAGGGGUAUAUAAAUCUGGGUGAGCUGCAUUACAGGGUUCAAAAGUAUGAUGAGGCCAUGACUUGUUAUGCUAAGGCUCUUCAAUUAGCUAAAUCAAUGGAGGAUGAGGAUGCUUUGGUUGAUCAAAUAAAUCAAAACAUGCAAACAGUAAAGGCCGCACUCAAGGUACGGGAUGAAAUGGAAAAAGAAGAGCAAGUUCUAAAAAAAUUGGUAAGGAAAUUGGAUACAGCCAGAGGCACAGAUGGCGAGAGGAAGUGCUUACUGCAACAGUAUUCAUCUCUUGAUCAUCUCAUUGAGAAAGCCAGCACAAUCUUUGCAUGGAUGAAAUAUCAUGCAUAUGCCAAGAAAAGAAAGAAAAUAGCAAGCCAGCUUUAUGACACAGAGAAGUUGGGUGAUUGUUUUCUUGCUAUAGGAGAGUCAUACCAUAAGCUCAGGAAGUUUGAUAAGGCUCUGAAAUGGCACACAAAGAGCUGGGAAAAAUUCAAAGUAAUUGGGAACUUGGAGGGACAAGCACUGGCAAAAAUCAAUAUUGGUAAUGCUUUUGAUUCUAAAGGUGACUGGGAAUCUGCUUUGGCUUCAUUUAAAGAGGCUUAUAGCAUUGCUAUUGAAGCAAACAAGCCUGUUACUCAGCUGGCUGCUCUAGAAAAUAUGCACUAUAGCCAAAUGAUUAGAUUCGAUAAUGUAGAAGAAGCGAAGAGGCUACAAUUGCUGAUUGACAUGUUAAAGAAGUCGGGGAGUGAUGAUCUUGGAGUGCCAGAUCUUGCAGGGGGUUCGUGCUCUGAAACAGAAACAGAGGCAGGCCCCUCACCAUAUGAGGCAUCAGAUGCAAGUCUUUCACCAACAAGAAGUGAAUUCUGUAAUAAAAAAAUUAACUUUCAUGACACUGCUGAUCAAUCAUGUGAAGAUAUACUCUUGAUUUCCUUGCUUGAUCCUAAAAAGUCGGCUAAGAAGAAAAUUAGUAGCAUUUCCUCUACAGUUCCAUCUAAUUCAUUGCCUAGAAGCUUAACCAAAUCAAGUAGUAGUCAAACUGACAUGAUUGGUCGUAAACGUACCCGCAUUGUCCUGUCCGAUGAUGAUGAAAGUAAUGAGGUACUUUGCUCUGGAAGGAUUGUCAAUGAUACUCAGUUUUCUUUGUCCCAUAAUGUGUUGUAUAAUAAGGGUGCUGUAGAAGAUGUGGCUACGUCAGAUAAUUUUAAAAGUGGGAAACACCAGUGUACUGAUGCUCAUCAGGCUCAACAGGAUGUCUCGCCAGUAGCCUCAAAAUGUAUAGUUAAUGGUUGCACAGCUAUGAACUUUGAAGAGAGCACCUGUUCUGACAAAUCCAGGACUUCAAGAUUAGAUGAAAGCAACUUUAGAUAUUCCAGUCCACUCAGGCCUGUUGAAAAUUCUACUUCUCAUGCUAAUGACAACCCAGUACAUGCUAAUAAUGUUUGUGGUGAUGAGAAUUGUAAGCAUAUUAUUGUUAAAAUUGGUGAAGACUAUGUUCAUAUAGAACCAGAGUCAUGUAUUAUUGGCUCUGGUAUCAGCAUAGAACAACUGAAGAUUGAAGUGGCAUGUUUGUACUACAGAAAACUUCCUCAUGAGAAGAGAACACAAGGAUGUCAUCAAAAAACACUAAUACAAAUCUUCUGAGAUAUGGCUUCAGGAAAAGUGGAUGGAGCAUUGGUCAAGCUUAGAAAAGAUCUAGCAUUGUUUAGUUCAUCCAACAACUCUUCAAUGAUUGGAAUAGGGAACUUAUCAGGUCUAGUUCCAGUUAUUCAACAUGUGAAAUAUGAUGGAAGGGUUCUGGAAUCCUCUGAAACAGUUGAUAUUCUAAUUGACCACAUCAGCAGAAAGAGUUGCAUUGAAGUUUCUCUCGGUGUUUGGGUACCUAGGCCGUUGGUAGAACUAUACACUGCAUGCUGUAAAGAGCUAUCGGAGUUACCCAACAUGAACGUUCUCAGGAAAUUGUAUAACCAAGAGGUGUCCGAGGAUGAGAUAGUUGUAUCUGGUUGUGAGCUGCAAGAUGUAUCAGUGGCACCAUUAAUGAAAGCUUUAAAUAAGCACCAGACAAUUGCUUCUCUAGACCUUUCACACAACCUGUUAGGGAAUGGAACAAUGGAGAAGCUUAAAAAAGUACUUACUGCAUCACCUCAGACCUAUGGUGGGCUGGCUUUAGAUUUGCAUUGUAAUCGGUUUGGUCCAUCUGCUUUGUUUCAGGUAUGCGAAUGUCCUGUGCUAUAUAGUCGGCUAGAAGUGCUUAAUAUCUCCAGGAACCGUUUGACCGAUGCAUGUGCAUCUUACCUUUCGACCAUCUUGCAGAAAUGCAAAGCUCUGUACAGUUUGAACGUUGAACAAUGUUCCAUCACAUCCAGAACAGUUCAAAAAAUUGCUGAUUCUCUGGAUUUAGGAUGUAUGCUCACACAUCUUUAUUUAGUGAACAGGACACAACCAUCCAGUUUCUGGAAAUGCUUUGAUGAAUGUCUUGUCUAAGCUUGCCGGUUUGAAAAAUUUUCAAGAGCUUGAUUUGAGUGGAAUGAAGUUGAGCAAACCAGUGGUAGGUAAGCUUUGUGAGCUCGUUAAGAACACUAGCUUGUCAGACUUAAUACUGGGAAGUACAAGUAUUGGAAAUGAUGGAGCACUUGAAAUACUUAAGUCAUUCUCCGAGAAGAAUCGAGAAACUGGGAAACUUGACUUAUCAUCUUGUGGAUUGAAUUUCUUCUGCAUUGCUAGAUUAAACAUUGAAGUUUCCUUAGUAAGUUCUAUUCUGGAGCUGAAUCUUGGAGGAAAUCCCAUCAUGGAAGAGGGUGGAAAUGAAUUGACAUCCUUGAUUAGUAAUCCACAAUGUUGCUUAAGAGUUUUGAUACUAUGCAAAUGCCAACUUGGUCCCCGGCAAGUUGUCGGGAUACUCAAGGGACUAUCAGAAAACUGUCAUCUGGAAGAGCUCAAUCUUGCUGAUAAUCUUGAUGAACUCCACAAAAACCCCGUCCCAUCAAGAGACUCUCU